AUUUUUUAGUUCAAAUUUUGCUUAAUUUUAAUGUAAUAACCAUAAAUAGAGCUUAUGAAUCUAGAUAAACCUAAGUAAUCAAUAGCUUCGGCAUUGCUAUCUAAGAAAUCUGUGAAGAAGAAUUAACGUAAAUCUAGAUUUUCAAGAUUCUCUAGAAUUAGUAAAUUAUCAGUACAUGACUUGAAGACUGGUUUAUUUUAUAUUCGAGAGAGUUGGAGAAGUGGAAUGGCAACAACAUUUUUAACAAUGCCAUUUGCAAUGAAUGCAGGUAACAAUUCAGGAUUGAAUGCAAGCGUUGGGCUAACUUCAGCAUUUAUUGGAAGUUUUGUAAAUGGAUUGUUUAGUGGAAGUAACCACUCAAUAUAUGUACCGAAUUAGAUGGCAGCUCUUUUCAAUUAUAACAUAACUUAGUAAUAUGGAGAUGAGGCAGUGCCUUGGGUUACUCUAAUGAUUGGAAUAAUAAUAUACGUAUGUGGUUUAUUUAAAUGGCAUCAUUUAAUCGAAUUUAUGCCUAGCUAUGUAAUAGAGGGCUAUUUUUGGGGUUUGGGAUUUUUAAUCAUUAAUAAUUACAUAGGUUAUGGGUUUGGUUUAAGUGAUUUAUAAUCAAAUAGAGGAGUUUAAGUAUAUGAAGAUCGUUUUGAGAUGUAUAAAAGUUAUUUUUAGAGAGGAGAUGUAUAUCAUUUAUACGCAGCUAUAGGGGUUUUCUUAUUUUUAUAUAUUGGAAAUAAGGUGCAUAAACCAUUUCCAUGGGUAUUGGUAAGUACUUUUGUAGGUAUUUUUAUUGGAUAAUUAUUUCCAAAUGAGAGAUGCUUAAGAAGUGUUUAUGGAGAUGUUUCUUUAAGUUUUAAUUGGAUUGAAACAUAUGGUGAAAUAUUUUAGGUGGAUUUUAAGAUACUUUAUAAAUUAUUUUAAGAGGCUAUACCAAUGGCAUUGUAUAUAAUGACAUAGAAUUUGAUUUGUGCAAAGGGAGCUGAAAUAAUGAUAAAUGUUAAAUGUGAUUAUGAUUAAGAAAUUGAAUGUGUAUCAGUUUGUAACAUUUUAUCAGGAUUACUUGGAGGAAUUCCAUGUAAUGCCCAAUAAAGAUUAUAUGUUUUAAAUAUUAAAGUAAAGGAAGUGAAUAGAUGGUCAUCAAUUUUGAAUGCAUUUUCAAUUCUAAUAUUUUAUGGAGUACUAGGUAAAUACUUUAUGGAAAUUCCACUAUUUAUAAUUGGAGGAUAAGUGUUAUAUUCAGGAUAUUAAUGUCCAACUUGGAGUUUUUAUGAUAGAGUUAUUGCUACAAGAAGAUAUUUAACAAUAUUUAAGGUUAUAGCUUUAGCAACAUUGUCUGUAUAUUAUGGUCCAAUACCAGCUUCAUUAAUUGGUAGUCUCUAUGCAUUAUUGAAAUUUGCAGAAACAAUGAGUGCAGCAGCAAGUGAAAUAGUAUUAAAGCAAGGACCUCAGAGUGUUAAGUUAAGACAAUCAAUGACUAGAUAAUAGGAUGGGGAAGAUGAAUAAAGAGUCUAAGUAGAUGUAGAGGAUGAUCUAUUAGAUGAUAUUAAUGUCGAAUAUAUCAUCUAUAGAUUCAAUGGGUCUUUGAAUUACAUUAAUGCAAAGGUAUAGUGAUUAAAUCAUUAAAAGAAUCAUGUGGAGUAGAUCAAACGAUUGCCUGAAAUUGAUACUAUCGUUUUUAGUUUUCGAUAUGUAAGCGUUUUUGAUGAGCAGGCUUUGGAUAGGUUAGGAGUCAUAAUGGAUAAUUUAUUAAGUAAUUGAUUGGUUGAAUUUAGAAAGCGGAAGAGAAUUGUAUUUUACUGGGUUACACGAAUAAAUGAUAGAGCAAAUGAAAUUUAAUUAAUUUUUUAAAGACUUUAUCGAAAUUAAGUCUCAAAAUCUAAAAUUCUUAGGAAAAUGA